UUUGUGCAUGCAUUGCUACGAAAUUCCGAAGUCGCUGACGUUGUCACGCCAAACCUGCAGGCAGUCAUUGGCUUGCUAUCCUUCAAAGGUUGCCAGAUUGUCAGACAAAUGAAAAUUAACUACAACCUCAUAGAGGUGAAACCAUUUGGUGUGUGUUUUAACUUCGCUACCAAGACAUUUCAUACAGAGUCAAUUGGAGAGGAGGAAAUUGGAAAUGUCUCUCCUCGCACGUAUGUCAGCUACACAUACAAAGAAGGGAUUGUGCCAGCCCCAAAAAUCUUCAUCGACAGCCUGCAAAACAGCUUUCCCGAGCACGAUGUUUUACAACGAUUCCUGCAAAAAUGGUACCAACUUGCCUUGAAGGAUUGCUUUCCACAAAAGGCCAAGAAGCUGUGUUGCGUCGGCGAGGCUGACUCUGGCAAGACAAGCUGGUUUGCGCCAUACGAAGGUAUAAUAUCAAGGGAAAAGUUAGCCUCGGUAACAAGAGACAGGCACUUUUCGGCCAGCAUGCUCAGCGACGACACGGAGUGCUUGAUUGUCGAUGAAUGGCCACCAGAUGCGCUGAGUGCAGACGACGCGAAAAGGAUCCUGCAAGGAGGAUAUGUUGCUCUACCACAGAAGCACAAAGAAGCUACGCAUGUCGUUUACCGCUCUGGGGUUUACAUUACAUGCAACUCAAUACCUUCGUUUACAGAAAUCGAUGACGCUGCUAUUCAGACACGGUUGGCUGUUUUCAAAACAAGAUCUUUGAAGGAAAGAAAUCCUCAGGCAACAAACUACCUGAGGAAAAACUGCAUGCAAUGCUUCCAUUGGUGCGCCAAUGAAUUACGCGACACUCCAUUGUGGGAAGUCGAGGAAAUUGAAAGAGCGGAGCAGCAACACGAUGAUGAGGGUGCCAUUUUUAACGAUUUCAAUGAAGGGCAAUCAUCCAGGAUGAUUAACAUUGAAGAAAUAGAAAAACUUCAAUUCUCGCAGAGCAUUAUCAUUGCAAACGAUGAAGCAACAGCCGAGCACCCUCAAGGAGCAGUGCCGACUGAAAUUAUUGACCAGGUCAUCUUGGACGACGAAGAUGAGAAUCCGAACUGGGUGAGGGAGGAAAGUCGCUGUUUCGUCACUUUUGGGCCCAUCAAUGUAUUUUCAUACCACAAAGCUGUGUUUCUUUUGAUCACUUCUAAACCAAACUGGGAUUUAUUGGAUGCAACGGAUGAAGACUUGGAAAGAUUUCAAAGAAGACGACGACUUUCCUGGAAAAAGCCCGAUUCCAUGUAUGAUGCCUGGCUUCUCAUCGAAGGAACGCCAAGACCAGAAUUUGAUAUCAAAUUGUUUUCGGAAACAUUUCCUCGAUGGGAAGAACUCUUGAGGGAAACGUACCGUGGUAUCAGUCAGCUUUCCACGCCGAUCAACGAAUCGAUUGAUUCAAAUAAUGACAAGACUGCCAGUGACGACGAGAGCUUCUUUAAAACGCAAAAAACGCCAAAAAAGCGUCCACGAACUAUGAUUGUUCAAAGGCGAAGAAAACAUCUAAAGUUAUCAAGCGACGAAGAAGAAUAAACCUUUGUUUUCAAAUGCCUUUUGAGUUAUAUUAAUUUUUAUAUCUUGUAGUUCAUCAUAAACUUGUAGUUUUAUAUAUUUAAAAAAAUGUUGUUGAGUUUAAAAGUUUUCUUC